AUGGAGCCAUACGAUGGCUUCACUGAUCCAAUCGACCAUUUAGAGAGCUAUAAGGUUCUCAUGAUAAUCCAGGAGGCAACCGACGCUCUCUUAUACAUCGACUUUCCAGUGACUAUUCAGAAAGCUGCUCGAGCCUGGUAUUCUGAGUUUCAACUAAGGAGCAUUGACUCCUUUGAGCAGCUCAAGCAUUCUUUUGUGAUCUAUUUUAACACUAACCGAAAUGUACCACGGACAUCAGACAGUCUAUUCUCCAUUAAGCAAGGCGAGACAGAGACGUUGAGAGAUUUUAUGGCUCAUUUCAACAAGACCACACUUGAGGUCAAGGACCUCAAUGAAGAUAUAGCCAUAUCGAUCAUGAAGAGGAUCUUGAUGAAGAUUGAAGAAGAGGAGUAUCUUCGACACCCCUCGUCAAUGAAAGCAUCACCGAGAAGCCAUGACAGGAAGAAGUACUGUCGGUUUCACUAUAAUCACGGACACGAUACCGAAUAG